AUGUCUGGGCGCCGCAGUGGUUUCUCAGCUUCUGUGUGUGCUUCGGAUUUGGCCGGGCGAUUUUUGUCAGAAACAACGGCUGACGAGGUUUCUGACGAGGCCGACGUAUAUUUCACGUCGGACUCGUCACCGGACGACGAUGCGACGGAGGACGAGGAAGAUCUUCACGUUGGCGAAGAUAGCGAUGACGCUACGCUCUCUCCGGACGAAGCUGUUACGCUCUACGAGGAAGAUCUUCCCGUUCACGUUGACAGCGAUGACGACACUUUCUCUUGUUCACCUCAACAGCAUUCUUCGCCACCUGCUCCAUCUCUCUCUACUACACCACCUCCAGUUCUACCACCUUCCAGCCCAUCUUGUCUUACUUCUUCAUUGUCGUCAACAUCACGUCCUCGUCGUUCUCGUCAGCCACGUCAACGGCCAAAUCCUCGGCCGCAAGCCACCCGUCGUCAGCCUCAACAACAGCAGUCUCAACAACAGCAGUUGUCUGAUUCCGAGCCUGAGCCAGCCGAACACACAGAUCGCUGCACUGAUCCACUGAACUUCCAGGAGUUGUCUCAUUAUCCACCUAUUGAUAAUUAUCAAUUAAAUUUAUCAUCAUUUGUACCAUCGAGGCAACCUGGAUUCUACCCUCCUCCAACGUAUCCAACCGACGCCCUUGGAGUCUUCAAACUGUUCUUCACCGAUGAAAUGCUAGAGACUAUCAGAAUAAACAGCAACAUCAACGGUGAAGGCAGUUGCAAAAAGAGCUACCGAGGAAAAUCAGGAGGGCGCCAAGGGGAGGUUAGUUUUCGUUCAGUGACGCUUGCGGAGAUGAACUCAUUCUUAGGGCUCAUAAUAUACAUGGGAAUUGUAAAGGUUCCUGAGCUCUCUGAAUACUGGUCCACAACCUUUCCAUUUCACGGAUUGUGGGCCAGACGGUUCAUGUCUUGCAAUCGUUUUGUCGCUAUACUAUCGGUCCUGCAGUUGGAGAAUCCUCGCACUGACAAGGACCGAGGGGCUGACCCAUUGAGAAAAGUCAGAGGCCUCGUUGAGGCCAUGCGUCUUAAUUGCAUCAAAUAUGGUCAGCCCCAUGCCCGUGUCGCACUUGACGAGCGAAUGGUCAAAGCCAAGGGCAGUUUUGGCUUUAGGCAAUACAUAAAAAACAAGCCCGUCAAGUGGGGGGUGAAGUUGUAUUGUGUAUGCGAUUCCAUCUCUGGCUACACAUACAACUUCGAGAUAUACACGGGCAAAGAGCGACAAUCAUCAGAUGCGGCGACGACAGCAGCAAGAGUAGCAGCAACUACAUUAACAGCAGCAAUGACAACAGCUGCAACAACAUCAGCUGCAACAACAACAACUGCAGCAACAACGUCAGCUGCAACCACAACACCAUCGGCUGGCUCGGCUCGGAAGCGACAGAAGACGACACGUCAGGCAGCGGAUGACACAAGCGUGAUCCAUCAUACAGUCAUGCGUAUGAUGGAUCCACUCCUUGAUCAGGGGUACACCGUAUACACCGAUCAAUACUAUACAUCGGGACCUCUGUUCAAGGAGCUUUACAGUCGGGGUACAAUGGCCUGUGGUACAGUCCAGAUAAACAGGAAGGGUGUUCCUAACGAACUGAAGAACACGCGAGAGUUUGGAAGAUUUCCAAGAGGUUCAUUUCGUUACGAACGCGACGGUCCACUCUGUACCAUCCAAUGGGUGGAUCGCAGCGUAGUCACACUAAUGAGCACCCUUCAUUCUGGACACCGUUAUACUCCUUGCACCAGAUUUACCAAGGAUCGUGCAAAGUAUGACGGGAACCACAGGAUCACCAUUUCCAGACCUGAGGCUAUUGGUGACUAUAACAUCCAUAUGGGCGGGGUCGACAAAUCCGACCAAAUGAUAAAGUACUAUGAAGUCCUGCACAAGAGCCUCAAGUACUGGAAGAAGAUCUUUCUGCACAUGAUUGACUUAGCCGUGUUCAACAGCUACAUCAUGUUUACUGCCCUUCAACAAGAACAUCCUCAAGAUCCACUUCUCCAGAGGAAAGGGCAGUAUACGCAGAGAGUCUUCAGGUGUGAGCUUAUGCGAGGGUUGGCUGGAAUCGAUGUUAACGAACCUGUACCACAGUAUCGUACAAGAAGAAAAAGAUUGGUACAGGUUCAUCCACAACAACACGAAAAACAACAUCAACAACAAAUGCAACUUCGACAAGACGUACAAACACAACAACAACAAAUGCAUCAACAACAUCAGCAAGACAUAGAAACACAACUACAACGAAUGCAUCAACAACAUCAACGAGACAUACAAACACAACAACAACAAAUACAAGCACAACAACUAAUACAACAACAACAACAAAUACAACAACUCUUACAACAGCGACAACAACAACAACAACAAAUACAACAACUCUUACAACAGCAACAACAACAUGCACACGAACAGCCAAACCCUCGGCAUAGCUCACACAUCCCCGUUAUAGCAGAGCGGGUAGUACGUUGCAUUGUCUGCUAUUCGGAAGGCAGAAAAAACACCAGGACCCGUUAUCGGUGUCAAGAAUGCAACGUACCCCUCUGCGUGUCAUCCGCUGACAGACAGUGCUUUAGGAAUUAUCAUUCGUAACUGUACAUAUUUGUUUAUAUAUUUGUAUAUAUAUAUUUGUAUAUAUAUAUAUAUUUGUAUAUAUGUAUUAUUAUUGUAUAUAUAUAUAUAUCUACUUGAUCUUCUGUAGAGAUUCAAUUUUUUUAUAUGUAUAUAUGUUCUAUGUUAUUAAUUUUAUGCUGUACAUAUGCUGUUUUCA